AUGAGUACAACAUCAACAGCAGGCACGACCAUCACCGCGCAACAGCUCCAGGGAGUAUUGAGUGACUACACGGUCCGCCUCACUGGAGAUAACAGCACCACUAGGCACGAUGGAAUAGAACCGCCGAAUUCAGUCGAAGCGCCUUCUGUCGACAAUCCGCCAAAUUGGCCGAGAAGCCAUUAUCGAGUACCGGACUAUCGACCUGUAAAUAGAAAUUUAUGUGAUCCAGAGGAGCGGCCAAAGGGCUCGAACGCUGGAGAGUUUGCUUUCCUGACGAUCAUGUUCACUGGCGUAUAUCUCAACUCGGCAGCAGCGAAGAUAUGGGGAAAGACAGGUGGGCCGUACUUUCCUGGGUUGUUUAGGUAUGCAAUUGGGGGCGAAUGGUAG